ACACCGUGUCCCUGCGACAUGUUCAUGAGUCUUCCUGGAAAAAAUACUUACGUUUGCGUCGGCUUGAGAACUCGCGGUCGAAGAAAGUUUCCAACCACUGUAUUACAGUGGGAGAAAAAGGGAUGGAGGGGGAUUAAAUAAGGCACCGGCUUGCCAGAAAUUCACCGAAUGUUCAGCUGAUGGAUAUAUAAAGGGAUCCUGUGGCCCACGUUACGAGUCAGUAUAGUUUCCUCCUUGUGGAAGAACCAGAAUUUCUCUUUCGAGACUAAAAACAAAAAGUCCGAGGUAUCAUCAUGAACCAGUUGACGAUCGUGUUAUGCGCCUUCGCUUCCGUGGCAGCCGCCGUUCCUCUGGGUGUGUACUCCUCUACCACGCCGAUUCCCAUUCUGAGGCAGAGCGCGGACGGCCCAAAUCCAGACGGAAGCUACAGCUACAGUUACGAGACGGCGAAUGGUAUCCAGGCACAGGAGAUCGGCUACCUUAACUACCCAGGCACCCAGGCUGAGUCUCGCGAGGCUCAGGGCAGUUACAGCUACACCGCGCCAAACGGCGAAAUUGUCCAAGUGUCCUACGUGGCUAACGAGAACGGAUUCCAACCCCAGGGUAGUCAUAUCCCGACCAUUCCACCCGCCAUUCUCAAAGCACUCGAAUACAUUGCCGCCCAUCGGGAGGAGCAUAUCGGUGCUCAAUGAAAGGAGACAAACGUGGAUCCGUAUGCGAAGUAAGAAGAUCGGUCUUCGAGCUCCUCGACGUUUAUAUCUGAACCAAAGCCGAGGAUGUACGUAAUGGAAACGUUGUUCUUUAUUCGGCGCGACUCUCGACCAUUUUAGUAGCAUUUUGACUAGAAAUUCGUUCACGAAUUUUCGGAUUCGGAGUUUCCAGGCUCGAUUCGUACGCUAGCUUUGUAUUUAUUUUUAUUUUUCAUACUGCUUACGAUUCAGUUUUUUGUAUUUUAAAUAAGGAGAUUGUAAGAGGACGUUAAGGAGGAUUACUGUAAAUAAAUUGUACAUUGAUACCUUUAUCUUUGUCGUUUUAACGAUCCAAGAGAAUAUUUUACAGUAUCGCUUAGAUAUCUUAUUUGCUAUUUAUUAGUAUUUAGUAGAAGUACGUAGGAGGUGGCGUUAUUUUAAUUCUAAUUUGGCCCGUUGCCUCUCGGUGUUAUUUCGAUUCACCGUUAUUUUUUAGAAAAUAGUAAAGCCAAGAAAUAGAAAUCAAAGAUGUUUCGAGUGAACCGAGUUGAACAUAACUAAUCUUCCGUGUAACUUUCCCUUUUCGUGACGCUAACGAUAUUUUCAAGAUGUUCGAAUUCAAUUAACUGAUUUUUGAAAACUGAUUUCCCUUUUCACCUUCCUUUCCUUUCCUUAAAUAACUUCACGAGCAAAACCACAUCAAGAAAGACCAUAGACGAGCAAUACCAAGUAUCGAAAAUAUCUUCUUCGAAUGACAAUUUCCAAUUCUAUAUGAAAUUAUUUCGUUUAAUUAACAAUUUGAUACAUUCUUCAUAUUCGAAUUAUUUUAUAAGCCUUAUAAAUCUUACAACGUAAGGAACAUAAUACUGAUUUACGAUAUAAAUAAUAUCAGCAGAUUUUCAAGAUCGAAAGCUCGUACAAGUAUCAUACAAACUUUUUAAGAAAUAUUCGUGUCGAUAAGCAACAAGUUUCGUGAGAGAAUUAAAAAUUAAAAUCUAAUCUUUUGUCGAUAGUCGACCCUCGUUUUAAUUACAAAAUAUGCGCGACUAAGCAUCACAGAAAUAGCGAUUCCCUCAAAUUCCGUCCGCAGUUAUGCAACGCGUGUUGUGAGUUUAAGUAUAAAGUUGCACAUGCUUGUUCAAUUGCAGCCAUCGCCUCUUUGCGCUCUAUGUCGACAAAUUGUGUUCUAGGUAACGCGUAAAAGCGCUUCUGUGGAGCGUGCAAGUAUUCAAUUCUGUGCGUGUUUGCGAUACGGAUAAAGAAGCGGAAUUUUUUCUCCAUAUACAUACGUAUAUUAGCGCG